GGAUAAUACUUUCAUCUCCUAUUGUUUGAAGGUCGCUCCGGAGAAAUAGGUCACGGCCUUCGGAGUACAGUAUUCCCACUCGUGAUGAUUUCCACGCUGCUGCUCCUGUUCACGGUUUUCUGUGGCGCCUCCAUUAGCAUUCCCUCAAGUAUCCCUUGGCAAGACCUGAUUCCGGCUUUAAAAGUCAGUUUUCGCAAUGAAAACACAGGAGGAGCGCCCGAAGCAUCUGUGAAUGAAACUCUGGAUGUCUGUAUUAGUGCUGCAUGGGAAAUAUAUAAGCUCCAUUUUAAGAGGAAUUUCACUGGAAGACUGGAGCAUAAUGAUCGGUUCAAUAGUUUCCGAAACAAUUUUAUUAUGAUGAUGGAACAUAAUCGUGCCUUUGCAGAUGGCCGCGUCUCCUACCAGAUGGGUUUAAACGAAUUUUCUGAUAAGAGUAUUGACCAAUUACACAGGCUAAGAGGAUUUAAACUGCAUCGUAAUUUUACCUCUAGAGGUUCUACCUAUCUGACAGUAUCGACCGCACUCCCGAAGUCUGUUGAUUGGCGCACCGUCGGGGCUGUCACUGAAGUAAAAAACCAGGGCAACUGCGGGUCUUGUUGGGCAUUUUCUGCUACUGGAGCAGUUGAAGGUCAGCACUACAGAAAGACAAACCACUUGGUUAGUCUCUCCGAACAGCAACUUGUGGACUGCAGCACCGACGGGAAUAACGGUUGUAACGGUGGCUCGAUGGAUGCUGCAUUCAUCUACGUCGAGAAUGCUGGGGGUCUAAAUUCAGAGAAAAGAUAUCCUUAUGUUUCGGGAACAACAAGCGAACCAAAUCCCAGCUGCCUGUUUGACAAGCAUGGUAUUGUAUCCAAAGUCACUGGUUAUGUCGACAUUCCAAAUCGUAACGAAGCGGCUCUUAUGCAAGCAGUCGCUCUUCAUGGACCCAUCUCAGUGGCAAUUAACGCUGGUCUACCCACAUUUCCAGCCUACCACUCAGUGCUGCGCUCGCUCUCCCAUCACCUGAGUACCACCAAAUAGCAGUAUUAUCCGGUUAUGCUAGAAUCGUUGGUGGAUUAUGUGCAUGCCUAUUGGACCUUCUUCCGAUGUGCUUAUUCUUCCAGCUAAAGGUGUGUACUCGGACAGCGAUUGCCUAGGCGAUCCGGACAAUUUGAAUCAUGGCGUUUUACUCGUUGGCUACGGCGAAGAGGAUGACACUCCGUAUUGGUUGAUCAAAAACAGCUGGGGCGAAGGUUGGGGCGAACGAGGAUAUGUGAAAAUUCUUCGCGAUGGUAACAACAUGUGCGGUGUAGCUACAAUUCCUUCCUACCCUCUUGUCUGAAAGGUUCUAAAAGUGUUUCAUGGUGGGCCCAAUUUCUUACAAAAUGACGCAUUGGUACUGAUUUUUUUCUUCUUUUUAUCCAAUCACUGACUCCCACCUAUUUUCUAUCUUAAUCUCCAAUCAUUUUAACCAUAUCUUUUUAAUUAUCGAGAUUCUAUUGCUGUCACGUUCUCAACCAGAAAAAUUGCCUUGCCUGCUUCCUGUCUU